AUGCUUGCUGAGCUUCUAUUCACUAUCGCGGCGCUCCAACCUCGUGCUUUGGCACAGAGCUGCCCCUCUCUCACUGCCAGCUAUCCGGCUCCGUCGGUGGCAAGUGGGUAUGAGGCGAGGCUGAUUGCCCAAGGCUUGACGAAGCCGCGAGGUAUCAUAUUCGAUAACAAAGGCAACCUUCUCGUUGUGGAGAGGGGCAAUGGUGUAUCCGCUUUCGCUGUAUCAGGGACUGGCUCUUGCAUAACUUUGAGCGAGAAGAAGACUGUCGUCGGUGAUGGUUCUCUCAACCACGGCAUAGAGAUUACAGAUGACGGAAAGACACUCUACGUCUCAAGUGUUGAGACUGUCUUCAAGUACGACUAUGAUUCCUCUUCCAUGACAACAAAGGGUCAAGGCAAAGCCAUCAUCACUGGGAUGACCUCCAACGAUCUUCUCACCAGGACUCUCCUUCUCUCUCGCAAAUCAAAGAACAAGCUUGUUGUUUCCAGGGGCGGUAAUGAUAAUAUCGACCUCAGCACGGUUGACAUCAACAAUGGCAUGUCACAGAUCCGUAUAUUCGAUCCCACCAAGGACUCACAGAACUAUACUGCUGGCACUACUUUGGGCUGGGGUCUGCGCAACGCCGUCGGAGUCGCCGAGAACCCCAAGGAUGGCGGCGUAUGGAGUGCAGAAAACAACGCCGAUAACAUCGAGCGUGAUGGCUUCGAGAUCCAUGAGAAUAAUCCUGCUGAGGAACUGAACUACCAUGGAAAGCUUGACGACUCCAAUAAUCCACUUCUAGGCAAGAACUACGGAUACCCGCUCUGCUAUGGCGCAUGGAACAUCACCGAGAUCCCAUCUGCCGGAACGCUGCAGAUUGGACAGCAGUUUGCGAUUGCUGAGAACAACGCUACUACCCAGGACAGCUUCUGCAGGAACGACCGUCAGGCUCCACGGUUGGUCUUCCAGCCACAUACUUCGCCGCUCGACCUAAAAUUUGACGGCAAGGGCGAGAACCUUUACGUGACUCUGCAUGGAAGCUGGAACCGUCAUGACCCCGUCGGCUACUCUGUCUCCGUCAUCAAAUUCGGCUCCGACGGCCAACCCACCGAGUCCUCAACCAGCACCAAAGCUCUCUCCCCUAUCAUCUCCAACAGCAACACCUCCGGCUGUCCUGGUAGCUGCUUCAGACCUGCAGGCCUCGGAUGGGAUAGAAACGGCCGGUUGUAUAUGACUAGCGACUCCACGGGCGAGAUCUAUGUGAUUGUGAAGGCAGGUGGCAAGGCGCUGGACGAUUCAAGACCAGCUGCGAGUGCGGCUUCAUCGAACUCAAAUGCGCUUAGCGGAUUGCUUAUUACGGUCCUGGCGUGUGCAUUUGUGUGGUUUUUGUGA